CCUCCUUUGCAGCUCAUGCCCGGCGCUAAUUGUAGUGCAGCACUGGUGUAGAUUAUAAAAUGUAAACACUAACGCGUUCUAUGCGUGUAUUUGAGGACACUUGUGUCGCGUUUUUAAUCUGCGCUUCCUCCACUAUGACUCCGUCUUUGUCUCCAUGAGGAGGGAAACCCAACAGCGUCUUUCUGGGACAACUUCAUCCUCCCGCGAGCCCGAUGGGACAACAACGCUUUACUCAUUUUUGAUUUGAUUUUUUAAGCGGGUCGCAUGCUGCUCAAACUCGUGUUUUUUUUUUUUUGCUGCACAUUUUGAUUUAACUCCGAAGUGCAGCGGCCCGUGAAAAAAACAAAACCAAGUCCUUUUCUGUCCAAGUCACCGCGUUUGGCUUUUUUGACGUUUCUUUCUGAAAGGAAGAAUGCGUUGCGGUGUCGAUCUGGGGGAUUAGCGCAGAAUAUUCCAUGUAGCGCAGAAAGCGGCUGCGCGCGUUUCUGGGAUCCAUCGCAGGCUUAUAUAAGCAGAGCCGUCAUGUAUGCAGGACGCAAGCGGAGAAAACCCGUCCAGAGAGCGGUGAAGCAUGCGCCGGCCGACGGGGCCAAGUCCAACCCGUCCAAGCGGCACCGGGACCGGCUGAACGGGGAGCUGGAGCGGCUGGCCAGCCUGCUGCCGUUUCCCGAGGAGGUCACCGCCAGCCUGGACAAACUGUCCAUCCUCCGCCUGAGUGUCAGCUUCCUGCGGGCCAAGAACUUCUUCUCAGUCACCCUGACCGGAGCGACUCCAGCUGCUGUGAGCGAUGACGACAGCGAAGCAUCAGCGGCGGCGGCCAAGAUCCCCGAAGGCGAGCUGCUGCUGCAGGCGCUCAACGGUUUCGUCAUGGUCCUCACAGCCAGUGGGACCAUCUUCUACUCGUCUCACACCAUCCAGGACUACUUGGGCUUCCACCAGACCGACGUCAUGCACCAGAGUGUGUACGAGCUGGUCCACACGGAGGACCAGCAGGAGCUCAGGAGGAACCUGCACUGGGCUCUGAAUCCUCCUCCGGCCGCCGUCACCCAGGACUCCCCCCGAGAGCCGGAGGCGGACAGCGGCUCCUCCGUGGUCACCUACAGCCCCGAGCAGCUUCCCCCGGAGAACUCGUCCUUCCUGGAGAGGAGCUUCGUGUGCCGCUUCCGCUGCCUCCUGGACAACUCCUCCGGCUUCCUGGCGUUGAACAUCCACGGCCGGCUGAAGUUCCUCCACGGGCAGAAGCAGCGGCAGGAAAACGGGGGGAAGGCCCCGCCCCAGCUCGCCCUCUUCGCCAUCGCGACUCCCCUGCAGCCUCCGUCCAUCCUGGAGAUCCGGACCAAGAACAUGAUCUUCAGGACCAAACACAAGCUGGACUUCACGCCUUUGGCCUGUGAUGCAAAGGGGAAGAUAGUGCUCGGGUACACGGAGGCUGAACUGCGGGUUCGAGGAUCGGGGUACCAGUUCAUCCACGCGGCGGACAUGUUGUACUGCGCCGAGAACCACGUCAGAAUGAUGAAAACCGGAGAGAGCGGCCUGACGGUGUUCCGGCUCCUCACCAAGGAGAACCUCUGGAAAUGGGUGCAGGCCAACGCCAGGCUGGUGUACAAAAACGGCAAACCCGAUUACAUCAUCGCCACCCAGCGGCCCCUCCUGGACGAGGAGGGGGGAGAGCACUUGCGUAAGCGCUCCAUGCAUCUACCCUUCACCUAUGCUACCGGGGAGGCCCUGCUCUACCAGUCCAACCAUCCCAUCGCCGCCUUUAGAGACGGGAGCCAUGAGAAAAACAGCAGUAAGUCAAAGAAGAGCCGGACGGAGAGGCUGGUGAGGGACGGCCUGGACCCCGGCUCUCUUCUCGGGGCGCUCAUGAGUCAGGACGAGUCGGUGUACGUUUGCCAGCCCGCCGCCGAGCCCAAAAUGUCGUUCCACAGCCUCUUCGGGGAGCAAAUGGGCUUCCCAGACUCUGAGCCCGCCGGGGCGCACAGGGGCUGGGACGAGCCCAGCAACGGAGGGCCGGGCGCCGGCCUGGUGGAGCCGGGCGGCAGCUUCGACCCGCUGCUGUCCACUCUGGACGGCCUGUCCCUGGAGGGCCUCGAGGUGGCGGAUUCCGGAGAGGCGGGUUGUUCAAACGGCGAUCUGUUCGGCGCUCUGGAAGGCCUGGGGCUGAGCGCGGAGGACCUGGAGCUGCUGCUGCUGGACGAGCGGAUGAUCCGGGUGGAGAUGGACCCGGAGCGCGUGCCCACCUUGGACGACCUGCUGACCAACGACGAGAUCCUUUCCUACAUCUACGACUCCAUAGAUGGGAAGGCGGAGGCCGCGGAGCAGCGGGGACAGGGGCCCCUCGGCGACGCCUCGGCGACGCUACCCGAAGGCGACGUCUCCUCUGGCGGCGACGCGCAAAUGCAGUUUCCUCACCACAAGCUCCCGCUGGCGGCGCACGCUCCCAUCCUGCAGCUCUCCCAGCAGAUGCAGCAGCACCUCAACGUGCGGCCGGGGAAGGCGGCGCACGCCUGGGACCAGCAGGGCGGCCAUUUGGCGAGCACCGCUGUUAACGGAGAGCUGCCGGGGGCGAAUUGGUCAGCGGCCAACGGACAGUGGGAAGGCCCGGACGGCCUCGGCGCCGCGGGGUUGCAGCUGGAACACUUCAAAGCGACUGUUUUCCACGGCAAGGCCUCUGAGCUGGAGGAGGGAGAGCUCCAUCAAGCGCACCAACGCUGCCUCCAGCAGCAGCAGAGGCGCCACGCGCUACGGCGCCACGCCGACCCGAAGGCCGCCGCCGGCCUCAACGGGAAGUCCCAGUGGCAGGACUACGGAUUCUGUCCGGAGAACGGCGUGGAGUACAGCGUGCCCGACUCGGACGGCGUGGAUUACGCCGCGAGCGGGGGCGGUGGGUUCGGGAAGCAGGUGGAGAACGGCUGCCUGCUGAACGGAGCUUACCCAGCGAGUAGGAGCGGCACGGCGCCCCCUGCUGUCCCCGAGACUUUGUCCCGCCUCCCCGACCCGCCGGCCUCCGGCAUCUACCUUUGACACGCGCAGUGGCUCCGCCUUAAACGUCGACACCAGAUGAACAAAUGUAGGCCUGACGUUUUUGAGGGGUUUUUGGUUUCCAUUGUGACUUUUUUUUGUGUGUGUGUCUGUGUGUUGUAUUUCGAUUCAUAUUAUCAUACGAGUCUUUUGUUUACAAUAAUGCAGUUGAGAGAGCUCAGUUUGUUUGAAGUAAUACAGAAAGGUCUUUAAAAACCAGUUCACAAAUAUUCAGAAACACAAAGCAGAAUUUAGAGCGAGAAGCAAAUAAAAUAUGGAUCGUUCUGUUUUCCAAUAUUUCAAUCUCAUUUUCUGACGGGUAUUUGUUAUAUUUUGUACUUUGUGAAAACAAAAGAAGACCAUAUUGUGUGUUACCGGGUAAAUAACACAAAUCAGUUCAUUAGGAAAAGCUCAAAAUAAAUAGUUAAAUGCCACUAAAUUUAGGUAAAUUUAGGGAUUAAUUGUUCAACCAGAAAAUUACAUUUUUCUUUUUUUGCAUCUGCUGAAUCCAGACUUUGUGGAAUUGGGGUAUAUUUUUUGAGUUUUGGACAGUCGGAGAGACAGAAGGACACAUGUGAAGGAUUCCUCACCUGAGACGUGAGUGGUCCAACGGGGGGAGAGGAGCCGGGUGGAGCCCAGAGGAGCCCAGAGGAGCCUGGUGGAGCCCAGAGGAGCCCAGAGGAGCCCAGAGGAGCCGGGUGGAGCCCAGAGGAGCCCAGACGAGCCGGGUGGAGCCCAGAGGAGCCCUGAGGAGCCCGGUGGAGCCCAGAGGAGCCCAGACGAGCCGGGUGGAGCCCAGAGGGAGCCCAGACGAGCCGGGUGGAGCCCAGAGGAGCCCAGAGGAGCCCAGAGGAGCCCCAGAGGAGCCUGGUGGAGCCGGGUGGAGCCGGGUGGAAUGUAUCGAGGACUGAGAGAGCAUCAAAUGCAGUUUCAUGUUGUGACUUAAUUUUCCCCGUCAGAACAGAACGGCCGGCUGUGUGUCGCACGCACACGGACACACACACACACACACAUGCUCUCUCACACACACACACACACACACAGGCCUGCAGGCUGUGUGGUUUCCUCACAAGUUUUCCGUCACGUCACAAGAAUGUAAUAUUUAAUUUCUUCCCUUGUUGAACUCGUCAACAAUGAGAUUAAUCCAUAAGUGUUUUGUUUUUUUUACUUUAAAAUAUGGAAAUUAUGGCUAGAAAUCUGGUGCACUUUAUUUCCAGCGUCCACUCAAUGCAGAUGUGCGUUCGGACGGACCCACAAACACGUCGUUGUCAGUGUCACCGUCUUCAUCUUCCUCCACGUGGAGUAUUGUUAUUAAUAUUGCGUUGUCCUUUCAACUGACUCUAAUAGGAGUCCAUUCAUUUCAUUUUGUCGUCCUUGUCCUGAAGUUGACGUGUGAGACAAAGAUAAGAAAAGAAGACGUCGGGCUCGGUGGUUUGCGGUCUUGUGGUUGGGGGGGUCAAAGGUCGACGCAAACGCACAGAGAUGAACUCUGUGGCUUCGUUUGGUGGUUCUCCUCUGGCAGCGAUGGACGUCAGAAUGGACACUGAAAAAAACCAAAUGUGAGUUUAAAGAAAAGAUGUGAAUGUUUCUUGUGGAGUUAUUUCAUGGCGAAGAGAUGCUGAAAAGAGAUUGCCACUUUAAUCGUUGAAAUACUGUCAUUACUAUGAGUAUUAAUAUUAUGUUUGUGUUGAGAUGUGAUACACGCGUGGUUACAUGUCGUCCGAGUCGACUCGUUUCUUUCCCUUUCUUUUUGCUGCGGGCGGAAGCGUUUGCUCUAUUUAAUAUGAUGUGAUGUGACUUAUUAACAAUGUGAAGAAAAAAAGAUGUGUAUAUAAAAGCAAACCAGCUUUGACAAAUGCAGGUAUGUACAUAGUUUUAUGUCAUCUCACCAAUUUUGAGCACUAGUUUUAAUAACACAUGCUUAUCGAUCUCUUUCGUUGAUUGAUUUUCUUUCUUUUUUAAGUUGUAAAUACUGUCCUCACACUGGACUCUGACAGCCGGACACACGGUGCCGCUAACAUGCUAACAGGACGAGCUGCAGCUUCCACCCUCCGACUGCUUCCUUCGCAUUCAUUUCUUUUCUUCCUUUUUGAAAUAAAAAGGAAGACAUUUGAUCACUAAAGCGUCUCCUCUGAGUUUGAGUCCACCCAGGAGGGUGAACAGCUAAAGGGGGGGGGGGGUCUGUGUCGUGUAAAGGUGCUAUGUGAAGCGUUUUGACAUUAAUAAAAUCGUUACCACUUUCAA